AUGAUGCACGCCCAGUACCGUCCCACGCGCAGGCCGGUACCCCCGUUACGCGCCGGUGGUGACCUCGGCACCCCGUGUACCGGUGGGGCGCCCCGUAUGGCAGCAGUUGCCCCGUCGGGCAACAGUUUCCCGUUCUCGAGAUGGAUGAGUGCGCGCCCUCCCCCCCCACUCCCGCACGCGCCGUCCUCCCCCACUGCCGCAUGCGCCAUCCUCCCCGCUCUCACUCUGCCGUGUCAUGGGCGCGAUGGUCAUGCUGAUCUGCCGCCCUCGCGCUGA